AUGGAAAAGAACAUCUGCUAUCGGCAACGAAGGAGAAAAGAAGUCGUCUACGACGAUUGCGUACUCGAGGAAUCCUUGUCCCAAGGUGAUUGGCACAUCGAGGAGGACCCAAACGUGGACUACGAGAUGCUGCUCAGAGGAUUACGAGCUUGUGCUGAGUGUGCCUGGAUGCCGCGCACGACAAACUUGGAUCGAAUUUCGAAGAGCACCACGGAAUUGUGGGAAAGAAGAAGGGCUCUGACGCUUGAUCCGAAUGCAUCGCACAUUGAGCGCUUAGUUGCAAACAUUAGCUGCAGAAAAGCGCUGCAGGAGGAUCUUUGCGGAUCUUCGCGAAUAUAA